AUGGAACUGCUAAAAAAAGAUUCAAAUGAAAAAACUCAGCAAAUUGAUGCACUUAAUGAACAUAUCGCAGAUUUAUUAGAAAAAUUGGAAGUGAUUCGAAGCGAACUUGAAACAAAGAAUUUAGAAUUAAUGAAUCUCACUUAUAGUAAUGAACAGUAUGCAAAAGAAAGUGAUGAUGCUUACCAAACACGAUUACAAAAAAUUGAAAAAGAUCAUGCAACUGCCAUGGAAUUGAGGAAAAAGCGAGAAAAUGAACUGGAGGCACAAAUCCGGAGCCUGGAAAAUCAGAUAAAAAAUAAAAAAGUCGUGGAAACUUCUGAAGUGCAGACAGAUGUAUCAGAAUUUUCAUUCAGCUGUGAUGAAAAUGCGAAAGUGGUUAACCAACUUGUGGUGAAAAUAAAUGAGUUAGAAAACGAUCUAAAGGAAAAGGACGAUUUCAUUGUACAGUUGCAUAACGACCUUAUUCAAUGCAAUUUGGAUGAAGAUCACCGCGAAACGAGAUCUGAUAAAUUUCAAAGUACUGAAAGUAAUUUUCCACUGAGAUUGAAGAUUUUAAAUAAGCUUCAAACAUUUGUGGAAAAAAUUAUGGAAAAGCGGGAUAUAAACUCAAAAAUCAUUAGAACCGUUAUUUCUGGCGCUGAUGGAAGUGAAAAUAAAGAAACCAUGAAACAUAAUGAUCGAGAAAUUGAAAAGAAAGAAAAAAUUGCCGAGAAAACAAGAAUCAGUCAUUUACCUUCCGCCGUGCAUCGCUCCAAAUCGCCAAGUUUCCUGAGCCGAUUGCGUGAUAGAAGUCCAACAAAAGCUAAAUCACCUGGAUUUGAAAUGAAAUCACCUGAAAAAAAAUAUCUUCUUAGUCCAUCAUACGCUGAGCGGUCUUCUUUGAUAGAUGACCGUAGACGGGGUUCGCCUUCACGGCAGUUUUUCACGAGAACGAAAAGAGAUAUUGGUUCAUCAUCACAAUCAGGGCUUCUAUCACCUGGAGCUGGUAAAGAUGAUUCAAGCAAGCGACCAGCCUGGAAAUUUUAA